GAUCCCUCGAACAGGUAAAAAAUACUAAGAUGUAUAGUUCAACGAGGCAAAGCGAGGCGUUGGACUCGCUAGAGACGGUGAUGCGGAUGGCCACCGGUAGUGCGGUGGUGAUAUUCAGCGUGAGUACGUGUUGUAUGUGCCAUGCAGUGAAGAGGCUCUUCUGUGGCAUGGGAGUGAACCCAAGUGUUCACGAGAUAGACCAAGAUCCCCGCGGUAAAGAAAUUGAGAAGGCACUUAUGACGCUUCUCGGAAGCUCCUCGGCCAUGCCGGUGGUGUUCAUCGGCGGCAGACUUGUUGGUACUAUGGACAGAGUUAUGGCUUCACAUAUUAAAGGUACAUUAGUCCCACUUCUCAAGGAAGCUGGAGCUCUCUGGCUUUGAUCAAUUCUGGUACUAAUAGGACAAUGCUUGUUUGUUAUUCAGUACAAAAUCGUCAAUUUUAUGGGAAGAGAAUGAACUCUCGUAUUCUUCAAAAGGUAUUUUUGAAGUUGGCUGAUUCUUUCGCGAUUUUCUUAAGACUGUGUGGAUUUGUAGAGGUUCUAUUUUAAUUAUGUUUAGUGCUCCAUAAUCUUUAUUGCCAGUUUUUGUUUCUUUCUGAAUAAUAUUGUGAGCACGUGGACCAGUUUGACAAGAUUUUGAAAAAUCAAAAGUUCUUCCAAACUUGUUUUGAUAUUUUUCAAGAAGUAUUC